AUGGAUGGUUGGAUCAUGGCUUUUGAUAUUUGGCUCCAUCUCAGAAGUGGGGAGUUAUUUACGGGACUGACGGCGGACUUCUUGGGACGAGACUCUGUGAUCUUCAGAAGCUUGGGCGGUCGCUCCACCAUGAGGACGGAGACAGACCAUAAAAUCCUCCACGAUCCCGAGUUUGUGGCGGCUCACCUCAUCCCGGACAACGACGACAGAGACGAUGACAAAGUCUACUUUUUCUUCACGGAGAAAGCCACGGAGGCGGGCGACGGGGAGGAGGUCAUUCACACGCGUGUCGGACGAGUGUGUGCGAAUGACGUGGGAGGACAGAGAGUUCUGGUCAACAAGUGGAGCACCUUCAUCAAAGCCAGACUGGUUUGUUCUGUGCCAGGACCGCACGGCAUCGACACACACUUCAACCAACUUGAGGAUGUUUUCUUGCUCAGGACCAAGGACGAGAGAAACCCGGAUAUUUAUGCCAUCUUUAGCACUAUCAGUAAUGUGUUCCAGGGUUUUGCCGUGUGCGUUUAUCGCAUGGCCGACAUCAGAGAGGCCUUUAACGGGCCGUUUGCCCAUAAAGAGGGCCCGGACUACCAGUGGGGGGCCUAUGAGGGCCGUGUCCCUUACCCAAGACCAGGAGUGUGUCCGAGUAAAAUCACCAACCAGCCCGGCAGUGAGUUCGCCAGCACCAAAGACUUCCCCGACUCCGUGCUCCAGUUUGCCCGUGGCCACCCGCUCAUGUGGCGCCCGGUGCAGCCCGCCCUGCGCCAGCCAGUUCUGGUCAAGGCCAACGUUCCUUACAGGCUCAAGCAGAUCGUGGUGGACCGUGUGGAGGCCGAGGACGGCCAGUAUGACGUCAUGUUCAUCAGCACGGACGUUGGCAGCGUGUUGAAAGUCAUCGCACUGCAUGCUGGGAACAGCCUGGAAACAGAAGAGGUGACCCUGGAGGAGCUCCAAGUCUUCAAAGUGCCCACGCCGAUCACAUCGCUGGACAUAUCCGUGAAAAGACAAGCCCUGUACGUGGGCUCCGGGGCCGGCGUGGCCCAGGUGAAGCUGCAUCGCUGCCAGACCUAUGGGAAGGCGUGUGCCGAGUGCUGCCUGGCCAGAGACCCUUACUGCGCCUGGGACGGCGCCUCCUGCGCUCGAUACGUGCCCGGCAGCAAGCGCCGCUACCGCCGACAGGACAUCAGGCACGGGAACCCGGCGCUGCAAUGUCUGGACCAGAACUUUGGUGAGGACGUGGAGGAGACGGAGGAUCGUGUGGUCUACGGGGCGGAGAACAACAGCACCUUCCUGGAAUGUGUUCCUCGCUCCCCGCAAGCGUCUGUGGUCUGGUUGGUGCAAGGUGACGAGCGCCAGGAGGAGGUGAAGCUGGACGAUCGGGUCAUGUCCACAGACCAGGGCCUCCUCUUCCGUCGUCUCCUGAACCAGGACGCUGGCGUCUACAUUUGCAGAUCCAGAGAGUUCGGUUUCACCCAGACUCUAAGCCGGAUCACCCUGGAAGUCCUUCAAGGGGACACCCUGGACGAGCUGGUGGGGCAACGGGACAACGCCCGCCUCUCAGACCUCCUCAAGGACAGACCGGGCGCGGGAUACAGGAGCUGGAUGCCUUGCCAUUCCUUUGUCAGGCCGGGCCUCGUCGGCCAACUUUACAAAAACCGCUGA